AUGGCUCUUGUACGAUGUUAUGUUAACAUUGCCCCAGGAGUUUACGCUUAUAUGGCGGUCAGGCGACAGCUCGUUGAAAAGCUAGGCGAUCCUGACAGUUUUGGGUUAUUCUACAGGCGAAAUUUCACGCUGCAUAAAGCACUGUAUAUUGUCAUGAGGUAUUACUCAACAUUCGUAAUAAUAUUCUGCUUCAAAUACAUAUCAGUUCCGGACGUUGAACUCACUGAUGAAUUCUGCCGGUUCUGGUUCUGGUUCGAGGGCUUCCAUACUUCCGUGUUUCCGUUGGGGACGGGGGAAAUGAUGCAGGCCAUGAGGCUAUGUGCGCUUUACCAUGAUAGCCCGAGAGCAAGGCUACUCGUCAGGAUACUAUACGCCGGAUCUCUGAUCGGUAUACUAGUCGGUUGGUCAGCGAAUGCCGUGUCUCUGCGACCAUCUGCAUCCACGCUGCCUCCGCCCUUCAACGGCUGCAACACGUCGCCACCCAGAUUUGUCACGAUCUCCCUAGCAGUUGGCAUAUGGAAUACGCUCGUCAACGUGCUAUACCUUGCCAUGAUGGUCCGCCAGUCAUUGAAAAGCAAGGCUUCGAACCUAUGUCUCCGUGACCAGCGGAAACUGAUGCCUAUUUUGUAUAUCAUGACGCGCGAUGGCACCGUUUGGUUCUUCAUGACGACAUGCGUACAAGCUCUGAGCAUCUUUGACGCACUCGCAUUCACGAACCGCAAGCUGAUUGCACUAUACAAUCCCUUCGUCAUAACAGCACACGCCAUCUCUGCUUGUCGCCUGCUCCUGAAUCUGCGAGCUUCUAUCGGGGGUUACGGUCCAUCGUCAGCGAAGACCAUCCAGUUUCCGGAAGAUGUACCGCUCGACAUCCUUGGAAUCGGGCAGCAUCAACCUGGGUCGAUCGCCGGACAGACAUAUCCUAGGCUACAGGCUCAGGGUGAACUAAUUCCUACUCCGGGUUGA